CAUUCCCAGUUCAGUCUGUGUUUGAUACAAACCUGUUUAACUUACUUGUCUCACUCCCCCCUCUUUCCAUAGGUAGACAAUCUCUCAAAUACUACUGUAUCUCUCUUGGGCCGUCUUCUCCCCGCAUUCACCAUUGUUGAUCCCCCUUGAACCGCGCGCAACAGCUUGAACCUCAAAACUCCACCGUUGUUGAACUGUAUAUCCCUAGAAGUAUCUUUUGAUUAUAAACAUACGGCGCAUUUCUUCAAUCUUAACAGUUUCAUCACCUCCUCCCUCUAUACCAUUCUUCUCACUCCCCACAAAUCCUCCGCCAUGGCUUCUCCAGACCCUAAAUCCAUCACCGUCGACUCCCUCCCCCAGCUCCUCCAAAAUGACAACAUGGUCAAGCUCGCAGGCGUAGACGUCGACGGCAUACUGCGCGGCAAGCUGGUGUCCAAGAAGAAGUUCCUCUCCAUCGCCGAAGCCGGCUUUGGCUUCUGCUCCGUCAUCUUUGGCUGGGAUAUGCACGAUCGUACAUAUAUCCGCGAGCUCAAGAUCUCAAACGCUGAGAACGGAUACCAUGAUCUCCUUGCUAUUCCAGAUCUUUCUACCUUUAGGAGGAUUCCUUGGGAGGACGAUGUUCCUCUGUUUUUGGUGGACUUUUUGGAUCCUGAAACCAAGAAGCCUAUUUGUGCUUGUCCCAGAGGUCUGGUUAAGACGCAGCUUGAGAAGCUCAAGGAGCAUGGUUACGGUGCCAUGGCAGGCGCUGAAUAUGAAUUCUACCAAUUCAAAUCCCCCGACCCUUCAUCCUCAUCCCCAGCCGCAUACCUCCAACAAAACCCCCCUCACCAACUCCCCGCCCUCACAGAAGGAAUGUUCGGCUACUCCCUCACCCGCCCCGUCCACAACCAAGACUACUACUACGACGUCUUCAACACGUGCGCAAAGUUCUCCUGCGACAUCGAGGGCUGGCACACCGAGUCCGGCCCGGGCGUCUUCGAGGCCGCCCUCGAGUUCGGCGAGAUCGCGCAGAUGGCUGACCGCGCCGCGCUGUUCAAGUACGUCGUCAAGAGCGUGAGCACAAAGUACGGCAUCACACCCUGCUUCAUGGCCAAGCCGAAGCAGGGCCUGCCUGGAAAUAGUGGGCACAUGCAUGUCUCGAUCGUUGAUAAGGAUGGCAAGAACUUGUUUGCAAGGGAGGCCAAGGAUGAGAAUGCCAAGUGGAGUGAUAUUGAGAACCUUUCUGAUAUGGGACGUCAUUUCCUCGCUGGCCUCCUCGUCGGUCUUCCUGACAUCAUGCCCCUCCUCGCACCAACCAUCAACUCCUACAAGCGCCUCGUCGAGAACUUCUGGGCUCCCGUCACAGUAUCAUGGGGUCUUGAGCACCGCGCUGCGUCAAUCCGUCUCAUCACACCCAAACCCUCAGCAACACGCUUCGAAGUCCGAGUUCCCGGCGCAGAUACAAACCCCCACUUCGUCCUCGCAGCUAUUCUCGGCUGUGGAUGGCGCGGUGUCGAGAAAAAACUCGAGAUUCCUACGCCUCCGCUUGCAAUGGGCCAGGAUGUCGGCGGUGACGCUGAUCCGGGUGAGAGAUUGGCCAAGAGUCUUAAGGAGGCUACGGCGCGCUUUAUGGAGAAGGGCAGCAUUGCACGGGAAGUAUUUGGCGAUGAUUUCGUGGAACACUUUGGCGGCACAAGAGAGCAUGAGGUCCGUCUAUAUGACGAGGCAGUAACUGAUUGGGAAAUGAAGCGAUAUAUCGAGACUGUUUGAUUUGGAUAUCUGGAGUUGUUCUGUUCUGUUCUCUUUAGUUCUGUUUUGUACGGGUACAUGGGGCGUACUGUGGGCAUCUCUGUAGCAUGAGAUACGCGUGAAGUGAGUGCAUACGACGUGAGAUGAUCAAGUGUCGGGAGUCAUCCUGAUAGACGAAUAUACCUUUGACACCUUGCAUCUCCUGUAUCUUCCGGUCGACUCAUCCUGACUGUGACCGCUGAAAUGGUAGUUCAGCUCUUAUGAUGUAGACCUCUGCCCCGGCCGAUGCCUUGUACUGUAUCCAAGGCUAGCGGUAUCCAACUCCAUCCACCCAGCCAUGCUCCAGUAACUCAACCCGACCUUAAUCACUCGGUAAAUCUCUUCCAUACCCUGUAUGUUCCAUAUGGUAUCCAUUUCCCACCGCGGGAAUAUCUCCCCGAGCUCAUUGGUUUGCACCAUUUCCUGUUCUUCCUGACAUCCGCCCCAGACACAAUGCCUUUGACGCCGUCCGUGAUGACCCAAAAACUCCAAUAUAUGCACAUAGAUCUCUAUGCCUAUUUCUUAAAUCUAUUUGCCGCAGUCCUUUCGAGCCGUAACAAAGGUCCUAUCAAAAUUAGCCACCAACACACACACGCACUAAUACAACAAAACUUACACUUUUCCC